UGCUUGGCAUGCUAUUUAAUUUAUUAGAAAUGUAUUCAUGAAUUGCUGUAAAUAGUUAUUGCAUUUAUUUGAAUAAAAAUACAAAAAAAAAGUAAUAUCGUAAUAUAUUAUUACAAUUUAAAAUAACUGUUUUCUAUUUUAAUGUAUUUUAAAAUGUAAUUUACUCCUGUGAUGCCAAGCUGAAUUUUCAGCCUCAUUACUUUUGAACGGCAGUUUAUAUACGAGUAUGCUUAAGUUGUUUUAAAGCUGAAUAUAUUGUGUAUAUGAAUAAGUAUUGUAAGAAUUAUACAUUAGAUAUAUAAUAUUUAUAAUACAUAAAUAAUUCUAUUACUAUAUAUAGAAUUGUAAACAAUAAGCUUAAUUUCACUAAAUUUUACAUUUAUGUAACUGCUGCGAAUAGUUAAUAGUUCAUUGACCCAUUGUGCGGUGCGAGCUGGAAAUCACCUGUCACCAGCCUGUCUCUGUACUAUCUGAAAAGUCAUAAAUAUGACAUUAGUUACCAUGAGAUUAGUGAAAACAAUGAACAUGAGGUAACAUAAAAAGGCAACAGAAACCCUAGCCUGAAAUAAGUUGAGGCAAAUAACGUAGGCUAACACUAAUCCUCAAAUAUUAGCUGAUUUGAUCUUUAAAAAAACAACAUCGCUGUAACAACAUACUCAUGCUACAUACAUAUGUCGGUGUGUUACAUAAAUAUAUAAAAUAAAUGCAUUUAUUGACUACUAAUUACCAGAAAUCGCAGUUCUGUCACUCUACUCUAACUGUUUUAAAUGCCCGCCAAAGCACUUCCUGGAACUAUCUGAAGUCUACGUGAAUCACGUGACGAUCAAGCGUUUAGAACUUCCGUUGUCGCAACUCUCUCUCUAUAUGGCUCUGGCCAGUGCCAACGGCUGCUGAAAAGGAAGUUCCGCCUAACAGGUAAAAGAGCCAAUCACCUUUUAGAUACAGAUAUCGCCUGUCAGUCAACUCGAGACAGCGCAUGCGCAUUAUCUCUGCAAGCUUGCGAAAUAGCAUUUUUUUGGUUUGUUUUUUUUUAGCAUAAUCUAAGAUAAAGAAGCACAAUUUAUGAUAAUAUUGUUGUCAGGUUAUAUUGCUGAUUUUAUAUGUGUUCUUUGAUCGUAAUCUUGACUCACCGUUUCGGAGAUGUCAGUCUUUCCCCAUUCAAGUUGAUAGGAGCUGCUCUUGUAUGCCGCUUGUUUACAUAGAACAUUUGCUGCCCAGCCUGCACGAGAGCGUUCGAAAAAUGGCCGCCGAGUGGAUAAACAUGCUUUGAGAGGGCCUUCGUUUUAAAAACGAUGCAAAAGAAUAACCGGCGAUAUCCGACGGAUAUGACGCCAUCGGUAUCGUCACAACUCAACUCUACGCGCGAAAGCUGACUGAAGUGAACCACAGACGACUGCAGAUCUUUUGCUGGUGUAAACUGAAUUUACAAUGAGCAAAAAAGAAAGUUCAGGUGUAGCACAUAUCCUCGCUUACCUGAAUGAGAAAAACCGACCUUAUAGUUCUCAGGAUGUCUUUACCAACCUACAAAAACAGUAUAGCUUGGGUAAAACGGCAGUGGUCAAAGCCAUGGAGCAACUGGCCCAGGAAGGAAAGAUUCGAGAGAAAGUCUAUGGCAAGCAGAAGAUCUACUUUGCAGAUCAGUCACAGUUUGCCAACGUGAGUGAUGCUGAACUUAAGGAGAUGGACAGUCACAUCACUGAGAUCAACACCCAAGUACAGACUAUUUCACAGAGCUGCAGGCAGCUGGAUACAGAGCUAAAGGAGCUAAACAGCUCAUUAACCACAGCAGAGAUGAAGGCACAGAUCCGUGAGUUGCAGGCAGAUUGUUCUGUUUACAGAGAGCGCCUGAACAAAAUCAAAACAGCCACAAACCAUGUGACCCCUGAGGAGAGAGAGAAGGUCUAUAAGGAGAAAGAGCUGUAUGUGAAAGAGUGGAGGAAAAGGAAGAGAUUGGUUUCUGAUAUGGUUGGAGCUAUUUUGGAGGGCUACCCAAAGAGCAAAAAGCAGUUUCUGGAGGAGGCUGGGGUUGAAACAGAUGAGGACCACAAAGUGACAGUGCCCAACAUCUGAUAGGAGGACUUGCUGAUUUAAUUCAGAAUCCAUGAAUACAGUUGUUGGGAAACCAGUAACUAGAGCAGCUCAGACACCAGAUAUCUGAA